CGGCGACAGAAACAGCCCUGCCCCGUCUCCUGCUUCCCCUGCGGCAGCUCGGACCAUGGGAGGCCCCCACGGUGGCCCCUUUCUUCUCUUUCUCGUGUUGUGCUUCUUGCUGACUCUGUCGGAAGUUGGAUCCCAGAACAGCAAGGCCUGCGCUCUGUGGUGCCCUCCAAACUCCUCAUGUGUCAAUGGCACUGCCUGCCGCUGUGCUCCAGGAUUCAUUUCUUCUUCUGGGGAGAUCUUCACCGACCCCUUGGAGAGUUGUGACGACAUCAACGAGUGUGGCCCGCCCUCACCGUUGGACUGUGGAGGCUCAGCAAGCUGCCAGAACACAGAAGGGGACUACUAUUGCACGUGCAGCCCAGGCUAUGAGCCUGUUUCUGGGCCAGCGGUCUUCCGGAAUGAGAGUGAGAACACAUGUCGAGACGUGGACGAAUGUCAGCACAGACCCCGAGUCUGUAAAGGCCGCAGCGUCUGCAUCAAUACCGAGGGCAGCUACACCUGCCAGUGCCCACCCGGCUUGGAGUUCAACCCAGAGGACCCGAGGCAUUGCACAGAUGUGAAUGAAUGCACCUCGGGGAAAAAGCCAUGCCACAGCUCCACCCACUGCCUCAACUCCGUGGGCAGCUAUGCGUGCCGCUGCCGCCCCGGCUGGAAGCCUAUUGCUGGAUCCCCCAACGGCCCAAACAACACUGUCUGUGAAGAUAAGGACGAGUGCAGCUCCGGGCAGCAUCGGUGUCACAACUCCACCGUCUGCGUUAACACUGUGGGUUCAUACACAUGCCACUGCCGCCAAGCCUGGGUGCCUAGACCUGGAUUCCAGGAUAAGCAAAAUAUCACCAUCUGCGAAGAGAUCUCCUUCCCUGCCUGGACGGCUCCCCCUGGAAUCAAGAGCCAGAGACUCUCUGCCUUCUUUGAAAGAGUCCAGAAAAUGAGCAGAGACUUCAAACCAGCCACGGCCAAGAAAUCCAUGCAGGACCUCGUCGGGUCAGUGGAUGACCUGUUGAAAAACUCAGGAGACCUGGAGUCACUGGGUCAGUCUUCCAAGCACGUCACAGCCACUCACCUGCUCUCAGGCCUCGAAGAGACCCUGAGGACCCUGGCCAGAGCCAUACCUAAAGGCUCCUUCACCUACCGUUCGGAUGAUGGCACAGAGCUGUCCCUGGUGGUCCAGGAGCAGGGGAAAGGAAACGUCACCGUGGGCCAGAGCCAUGCACGGAUACUGCUGGACUGGGCUGUGGCAGCUGCAGCCGGGGAGUCAGGCCCCUCCGUGGUGGGCAUCCUCUCCAGUCAGAACAUGAAAAAAUUGCUGGCCAACGCCUCUUUGAAACUGGACUUGGAGAAGCUGAAAGAGACCUACGAGAGUCCUGUCCGAGGUGCCAAGGUCACGCUUCUCUCAGCGGUCAGCUCUGUCUUUCUGAGCAACACCAACACUGAGAAACUCGACUCCAAUGUCUCCUUUGCCUUCACCCUCCAUGAACAGCCUGAGCUCAAGCCACGGCAGGAGCUGAUCUGUGCCUUCUGGAAGAAUGACGGCAACGGGAACGGGUCCUGGGCCACCUCGGGCUGCUGGAAGAUGGGCAGCGGCAACGGAAGCAUCACCUGCCAGUGCAGCCACCUAAGCAGCUUUGCCAUCCUCAUGGCCCACUAUGACGUGGAGGACCCGAAGCUGGCCUUGAUCACCAAGGUGGGACUGGCGCUGUCGCUGGCCUGCCUGCUGCUGUGCAUCCUCACCUUCCUGCUGGUGCGGCCCAUCCAGGGCUCGCGCACCACGGUGCACCUGCACCUCUGCAUCUGCCUCUUCGUGGGCUCCGCCAUCUUCCUGGCGGGCAUCGAGAACGAAGGCGGCGAGGUGGGGACGCGCUGCCGCCUGGUGGCCGUGCUGCUGCACUACUGCUUCCUAGCCGCCUUCUGCUGGAUGAGCCUCGAGGGCGUGGAGCUCUACUUCCUCGUGGUGCGCGUGUUCCAGGGCCAAGGCCUGAGAAAGCUCUGGCUCUGCCUGAUCGGUUACGGCGUGCCCUUGAUCAUCGUGGGCAUCUCGGCAGGCGCCUACAGCAAGGGCUAUGGCCGCGAGAAAUUCUGCUGGUUGAAUUUCGAGGGUGGCUUCCUCUGGAGCUUUGUGGGACCUGUGACCUUCAUCGUUUUGGGCAAUGCUAUCAUCUUUGUGAUUACUGUCUGGAAACUCACUCAGAAGUUUUCUGAAAUCAACCCUGACAUAAAGAAAUUAAAGAAAGUCAGGGUGCUGACCAUCACGGCCAUCGCCCAGCUCUUCGUGUUGGGCUGCACCUGGGUGUUCGGCCUGCUCCUCUUCGACCCAGAGAGCUGGGUGCUGUCCUACAUCUUCAGCAUCCUCAACUGCCUGCAGGGCUUCUUCCUCUUCGUGCUGUACUGCCUCCUUAACAAGAAGGUGAGAGAGGAGUACCGCAAGUGGGCCUGCAUGGUUGCUGGGAACAGGUACUCCGAGUUCGCCACAACCACCUCUGCGUCUGGCUCUAGCCACAAUCAGACUCAGGCCCUCAGGCCCUCAGAGUCUGGCAUGUGAAGACGCAGUUCUGGCCAAACCAGCAGCUCCUGUGGCCUCAGCAGCUUUUGCACACACAGACGACCUCCUCUCCUCCCUCUCUGCUCUGCUCCCUCCUGCCUCGGGCCCCGCACGCACCACGGAGAGGAGGGUGACAGCCACCGUCUGGUACCGAACCCCUGAACACCCAGCAAGGGUGGAGGGUCGGACCUACUUCCUGCUGCCUCUCAGCUCCACCCCGGUCAGCACCCAGGGUAGGGGCAGCUCCCUCAAGUACACGAGGCCCGGAAAGAAUGAGGACUCGUGCCCAACCUGGCCCUUUCCUGUCAUCUGUCUUUGCUACAGAAGAAGAGGCCAAGGUGCUGAGACUUUGCUUCUAGGGUAAGCUAAGACUGAGGCUGGGUGGGAGAGGGGCAGAGCCCUUCUCAGCCCCUUGCCGAACAAGGCUCAUGGUACUAAGGCCCAUCUGCCCCAGGGCAGAGGGUUCAAACUGAUGUGAAGGCUGUGGACAUUGUUUCUUUUUUUUAAUCUGUAUAAGCCGUUCAGUGUUGACACUUCAAGAAUUAAAUCUCAUGUUGACACAGAAGGUGGCAUGUCUUGCUGGCCAGAGGCUCACUGACCAGGCCGUGGGCCCCUGGUGUCCGUGAAAUGCAGUGAGCUGACAAAAACAGACACUGUGGGAGCCAGACUUCCAUAAUAAAAAUGUAUUUUUGCACAAAUCUACACUUUUAAACAGUAAAAUGAAAGGCCCAGUGUUGCCUAGAAAGAGCACUUGAAGCAGCAGCACGUGGGAAGCAGAGUGGCUCUGGUCGUCAGGGCAUGUGGUUACCGGCUCUGCUCAACUGUGAGACACACACGGGGGACGGGGGAAGCCAGUGAGGAGGGGGCGGUGAGGAUAGGCCCCACCACUGUCCCCCCACCCCGGCACCCCAGCCCUGUCUGAGCCACUUACUGUAUGUGGAGAUGUCAAUUUCUUCUGGAAGCUCUGCCACGUUCACUUCAAACCGGUCCUGGACAUCAUUGAGGAUUUUGGCAUCGUUCUCGUCAGACACGAAAGUAACGGCCAGGCCUUUGGUACCGAAGCGACCCGCACGGGCCACCUGCAGGGAGACAGGAGCAAGGGUCAGGCUGAGAACAGACAGAUGUCCCCAUCCAACACCAACCCUGAGAAAGGGGCAGGAGGGAAGGGACAACCCUGGGGGCCACUCACACGGUGGAGGUAGGUGUCCGAGUCCUCAGGCAUGUCAUAAUUGAAGACGAUGUUGACGCGCUCAAUGUCCAUCCCUCGGCCGAACAGAUUGGUGGCCACCAGGAUCCGCCGCUGGAAGUCCUUGAACUGCUGAUAGCGCGACAGGCUAGGUGCGAGAGGAACAAGGGGUGGCCAUCAGAUACGGGGACCCUGGGUGGCAUCCCCUCCACAGGGCCUUCCAGGGGCUGAGAGUGGCCUGCACUCACCGCUCCUCCUGAGCCAUGCCCCUGUGGAUGGCAAUAGCUGGGAAGUUCUGUUCCACCAGGAGCUGGGCCAAGGCCAUGCAGCGCUGCACUGACUUCACAAAGAUCACAACCUGUGAAGGAGGGAGGGGCAGACCUGGGUCAGGGCCAGAAUCCCUCCCCCAGGCCGAGAACCCCAGCACAGGCCACGGGAGUGCAGAAGCAUCACCUGGUUAAACUCCAACACAUCCAGGAGGUCGAAGAGCUUGCGGUUCUUCUCACUGUCCUUGAGUUUCACGUAGUACUGCUGUAGCCCGUGCAGCGUGAGCUUGGUCUCGUCGUCCACAAACACCUCCAUGGGCUGUGCAGGGAGGAGAGCAGGUAGAGCCAGGCGGGGCUUACUUCUGGACCUUCUGCCUGCCCAGAACCUUCCAAAAGCGACUCCGUGGCUGCAAUACUUCCAAGAGGCCUCUGUACCCCCAAUACUUGUCUCCCAAUAGCUGGAUCUAAGGUCCAGCCUGGUCCAGGUGUAGACCAAGCUCUCAGCUCCCAGUUUGACAAGAGAGGAAGAGGCUCCGCCGGCCUUCCAGCAUGCUUGUGCCAUGAGGGCAGCGUGGAUGUUGGGGAGCGGCAAGAGCCUGCACCCUCGGAGGCCGAAGCUACCGCACUGAGCUCUCCGCCAUUACUCACAUCUUGCAUGAACUUCCUGCACACGGGUCGGAUCUCCUUGCUCAAGGUGGCGCUGAACAUCAUGCACUGCUUCUCGUGGGGGGUCAGGCGGAAGAUUUCCUGCACGUCCCGCCGCAUAUCUGGCAAGAAAUGGGGCAUGAGCGCCUGCCAGACCAUGACCCCCACCCAAGACCGGAUCCAGUCCCUCCCAACCUGUGCCAGGGAGCCGCUGGCCCCAUGACAAGGGUGGUGUGAGCGCAGACUGGCCGGAGGAGGGAACCCCAGGUGCCUGAGGGUCCGGACUUAGGGUAAUAAGCACAGGCGCGGGAGGAGCGGCAAUCCACUUACACGCUGCCAGAGCGGAGCAGCCGUGCCAGCGCGCCUCCAGCCACGCUUCAGGGUGGGGAGCCUGAGGCAGAGACAGCCGCUGGAGUGAGAGCUGCAGCCGCCUCCCAGGCACAAGCCCCAGUUCCCACCAGCCCUGUCAGGGCUCCCUGAGUGCAGGCGGGGGCCUAGAGCUAAACCAGCAGGCAGCAAGGCCACGGUCCUCGGCUAACAUGGACAUGUGCCCAGACACGGCUUAUCUUGGGCCAUGUGGUCCCACUCCAAGAUCUAGCUCAGAAGCCGCAGUUCACUCUGCCAAAUGCCAGGAUUUGCCCGCAAAUCUGUUUCCAGGAGACCUGACUGCCAGCCACCCACACAACCCAACUCUGGGAAAACCUCUGGCCUGCCCUCUCAGGGCCUGGCUCUGAAGUCUGGGGGAUGCUGCAAGGGGCCUCCACAGCCCGCAGACCCAGCGCAGACACUCACCCAGCUGCUCCAGCAUCUUGUCGCACUCAUCCAACACGAAGUGCUUCACAUUCUUCAGGUUGAGGCUCCUAUUGCGCACAAGUGCCAGGAUCCGGCCCGGCGUCCCCACCACCACGUGGGGACAGUUCCUCUUCAACACCUCCUCAUCCUUCUUGAUGGACAGGCCCCCAAAGAACACAGACACCUAUGCGGGCAGAAAGCUGCUGUCAACCAUCUAGUGGCCAAAAGCUCACACCCAACUCUUGUGACUGCGGCCACUCAGUUCACAACCCUGAGAAGCUCCCACCGACACCCCCAGACCUGGUGCCUGGGUACAGGAGAGGCCUGAGCCUGGCCCCAGCUCCACUGAAAAGCAGCCCCAGGACUGAGACUGGCACAGGCCUCUGGGGGCCAUUCAUAAUUCAUCAGGCUUUUAAGGAGCUUAAACCACCACAGACCUCAAAGGCAGCCGCUGCAGCCAAGCCUGGUUAAUGCCGGAUGGGCCAGCGCCGUGGCCAGCAAGGCUACAGAGGGCCACGUGAUGCCUCACUCGGCCUGGGGACUCACCUUGACGCUGGGCAUGUAUUUGGAGAAGCGCUCAUACUCCUUGCUGAUCUGGAAGGCAAGCUCUCGAGUGUGGCACAUCACCAGGACCGUCACCUGUGGGGCAGAGACCCUCAAGGCAAUGUCCGAAGUCCUCCCCUGGCCAGAGCCCACCCUGGUGCUGGUCCCCUGGCAGCCCCCACCCCUUUGGGCCACUGGAAGGUCCAGUCCACGUGGCCCCAUCUUCUCCCAGUCUAUCAGCUGCUGCUCACUCCCUGUAUCUUGUUUUUUUCCCUAGCAGGUGAUAAGACUUACUGUUUGUUGUUUCUGUUUACUCCCUCAGUCACAUCUGACUCUUCGACCCAAUGGACUGUAGCCCAUCAGGCUCCUCUGUCCAUGGUUGCCAUUUCCUCCUCUAAGGGAUCUUCCUAACCCAGGGACUGAACCUGCAUCUCCUGCACUGGAGCCACCAGGAAAGCCCUCCCUACGUCUCCUUAUAGCUACUCAGGUGUGUCCCCCUAGGCCAGGGAGACACCUAGCUAACAGCUCCAUGCUAACAGCUUCCCGAGCCUGCCCUCUGGCUGGCCUAUGACCACCGGGGGGAGGCUACCACACCUUCCUGGCCCACAGUGCCAAGGACUGAGACCAUACCACGGUGUCCCAUGAAACCCUGCCCUCCGAGACCACCCACCCUAAGGUCAGUAACAAGGGUGCAGGCACCCACACCACCCACGGAGGUGUGCCCCAGCAUGUCAGGAACAGAACACCUGCACGCACCUCAAUUACCCCCUCGAAAUAGUGAACUACAACAUUCAAGCAUGAGAAGACAACUGUGUCCUGUCGGCAAUAAAAGCAGUAACAAAACUGUGUUCAGUGUAAGAACACCUUCCUGUAUGUGCACGAUCCAGAAAAGCACAUGUGGAAGCAACAGCCAUCUUGCCGGGUGGUCAGACCGGGCACGUCUCAGUUUUUCCUCUUCGCUUGUCAUUUUUGGGGUGAUAUUGGUUAACAACUAAGUGUGUGUGUGCUAAGUUGCUCACUUGCAUCUGACUCUUCGCGACGCCAUGGACUGUAGCCUAUGAGGUUCCUCUGUUCAUGAGAUUUUCCAAACAAGAAUACUAGAGUGUGUUGCCAUCUCCUAUUCCAGUAGAACUAAGUACCGUACUUAAUUUUUUUAAAAGUCCACAGAGGAUGCAGGAACAAGGAUUUUUAACAAGAGGACCCAUGAUUCCUGCUGCAUCAGGAAGCUGGGGCCUAGCAGGGAGGGUGUCCACCCACCUGUCCGUUGACGGGCUCAAUCUGCUGCAGAGUGGCCAACACAAAAACCGCUGUCUUGCCCAUCCCUGAUUUGGCCUGGCACAAGAUGUCCAUGCCCAGGAUGGCUUGCGGAAUACACUCGUGCUGGACUGAGGGAAGAGAGCACAUGAGCUAUCAGAAACCAGGCGGACGCUCUCUCCGUGCAGGCCCCUCACCUGAGGGGACCACGCCGAAGUAGUGAGAGGAGAGCCGAGGAAGGGAGGACCCAGGGAUGCGUACCCUCUGAUGGAUGCUCAAAGCCACAGUCCACUAUGGCCCUCAGGAGCUCCGGCUUCAACAGAAAGUCCCGGAAGCCAGAGCUGUGGAUGGAAACAUAGGAACCCUUAACGUCUUUCUUGGGGGGAGGUGGAGCGCUCUCUGGAGGUGCCUGGGGCUCUUCAUCUUCCUCAUAAUCCAGAAGCUCGUUUUCCACAUCCUGUUCCGCCAUGCUACUGAGAACAGAAGAGGGGGAACAGGGCUCAGAGAAGCAACAACGGUGACUGACGCAGGCAGGAAAAUUCCCAGAGUGAGGGGGAAGAGGGAGCCGACUGCACAGAAGCUGCGAGCUGCUGACACAAGUCUGAGGCGGGUGAGGUCCUGGGGUCAGGUCUGGCCACCUGGCCACUGAAGCCAAGACGGGACCUCAUUCUCCCAUCUCUCUCUAACUCACCUCUGCCACUGACUCCAACAGCAGGUCCCACUACUCCAGCUAUGUGGCACUUCCCAGCUUCCAACUGUUGUGCCCACCUCUCCACCACCCUCCACCGAGCUGCCUCACCUCUCCCUGGGACCCUUCGGGACACAACCACAGGUGUACCAAGUGAAACCCCAAUUCCUUUCCACUCGCAACCUCCCUCACUGGCCCCUGCCCACCCCAUUCCAUGCCACCCCCAGCCUCAUUUGGCUGCUGACACUCACUGGGCCUCUAACCCCAGCUCAGGUCACCCAGCCCCACAGGCAUGACUCUGCUGAAUUACUUCUGGUCU